AUGCUACAAUCUACAAGCCCUGAGCUCAGUAUAAAGUCUGGCAAGUCAGCAACGAGCUCCUCGCGGCGGAAGAAGGAUGCAGAAAGCCUACAGACAGGGAUCUCGCCAGAUACUGCUCCAGUUCAGAGUAUCGACAUCCCUGCUGCAGCGACAGCACCCAUUGCGUUGCCCACAAGAUCCCGUCAAGAAGAACUUCAGGAUGAUGGCCGAUCGGCGCAAUUGUCCACGACUUACGAAGAUCAUACCUAUAUCCCUAUCCACAAUUCAGCCUAUCACAGACCGCCUAGAAUGCCCCUGCCGAUAGCUGAGAUGCCUGAUUCCCCUUCUCUUGGUCCGGAAACGAUCAGUAAGACUGAUUCAGACGUGCCAAUCUUCACUCACGAUGUGGGUGAUAGCGUGCUACCAAGAAGGAACAGCAUCGUGAGUAUGGACACACAGGAUGAGGAUGAUGUCGGCGAGGAAUUACAGCCUUUUGGCGCUCAAUAUACUUCUGAGACUAUACCCUACACUAUCUACUGGAGACAGCCAGCCAAGCAAGUAUUCGUGACUGGUACUUUUGUUGCUUGGGAUCGGAAACUUAGGAUGAAGCAAAGUGAAACCGACCCCAACAUCCACAGUACGGUCGUUCCUCUACCAGCUGGUACCCACCAUCUCAAGUUCUUCGUUGACAACGUAAUGAUGGUCACUCCCGAUCUGCCUACUGCCGUCGACUUCAAUAAUAUCUUGGUCAACUACAUCGAGAUCAGUACAGACGACAUUCCUGCCAAGGAUAGCUCUUCGGCCAGGCGGGAUAGUCAUCAAGUGCCUCAGAAACAGGUGCCAUAUCCAGUAAGUCCUAGGCCUGACUCCGAAAAGCAACUUGGCGAUGGAACGCCUGUGGGAGAGGUUGACGACUAUUCCGGCACAGUCACGCCUGGUGAGAAAGAAGGUUACCAAGGACUAGUCGAAGGCGAACUUCCCCCUGAAGAAAUUGGACUAGGUGACUUUCGGCAGCUCAUUCCUCAGGCACUUAUCGAUAUCGAUUAUCCUGAGGAUGAUGAUAGAUGGAAGGAUGCCUCACGUGUGAUCAGCGAAGCUGGCAAUACUCCAAGUCUUCCACUUUUUCUGUCAAGGAGUAUUUUGAAUGGUAGUGGUGAGAAAGUGGGCGUCAAAGAUGAUAGUUCCGUCUUGGCUUUCCCGAAUCACACGGUGCUUAACCAUCUUAUGACAAGUAAUGUGAAGAACGGAGUAUUGGCAACAGCCGUCACAACGAGGUAUAAGAAGAAGUACGUUACAACGAUAUCGUUCAAGCCGGUGCCAAAGCAGCCACCGUUCGGACAGUGA